GGAGCAUGCAGCCUACCAAAGUGAGCUCAGUGCCAGCCCUGCAAGUUGGGAGGUAGAGAGGCCAAACCAAAUUGGAAAAAAUGACAAAACCCCUAUGUACUUUCUAGAACAAUACAUACCAGCUAGGAAGUGUUAAAAGACAAGCUCCCCAAAGUCAGUUCCUUAGCUUUUGACUUAUUCUAAUGUAGGGCCUCCAUUUUUAAUAAACUCUCCCAGGUGAUUCUUAGCUGCAGAUUUGAGGCCCGCAAUUUAAGAAACUGCUCUUGAGACUGCAUAGACAUCCUCAGGGCUGGAAGUUCUUUGUUGACCCGACCAGAUUCUCUCCUGCUGUGAAACUGGUUUGUCCUGAUCCUGCUGGCUUCUCUGCAGACUACACUCAUCAGGGGUUGGCUUGGCGCCUCCUGGGCAGUGGGGCAAGAGUAAUCAUAGCAACCUAGGUGAAGUCCUAGGGGAAAACUGUGACCCUGGGCCCGGCUCCUGGGGCCGCUGACAGUUAGAACCCCCUCGGCCCAUAGUAAGUUCUUUAGGUUCGGGUUCUGACCCAAAAGUUUGGCCAAAGCCAAAGUGGAGAGCAGGGCACGCCAGUGCGGGUCAAUCCUUCAGAGCCGCGGUUGGGCUGGAGCGUGGAGCUGCAACGGUUGGAGCGACGGUCUCCGGUUCCUAAGCUACCAGCACAAGGCAACUGCCCGCUGGAGGUGGGAGGGGCGGGGCCGGGGGCGGGGCCUGAGCCGAAGAACGCGGGCUAGUGGUUGCCAAGGUAACGCGUCAACACCAGGGCCUUGGCGGCGCCGAGGCGGCGGCAGAAGUCCGGAGUCAGGGCGUGUGGCUGAGGAGAUGCCACUAAGCACAGCUGGCAUCCUGAGCUCCUCUUCUGCCGCUUCCAACAGGUCAAGGAAUAAGGCUCGCUAUCGGACCAAAGCCGUGAGCUCUGAGGUGGAUGAGAGCCUCUUUGGAGAUAUCAAGUCCCCAGCCCAGGGCCAGAGCGACAGCCCCAUUGUGCUGCUCCGAGAUAAGCAUACCCUUCAAAAAACUCUCACUGCUUUGGGCUUGGAUCGCAAGCCAGAGACCAUCCAGCUCAUCACCCGGGACAUGGUCCGAGAACUCAUUGUUCCCACAGAGGAUCCCUCCGGGGAGUCCCUAAUCAUCAGCCCUGAGGAGUUUGAGCGAAUCAAAUGGGCAUCCCAUGUCCUGACCAGAGAAGAACUUGAGGCCAGGGACCAGGCCUUCAAGAAGGAGAAGGAAGCCACCAUGGAUGCAGUGAUGACACGAAAGAAGAUCAUGAAACAGAAGGAGAUGGUGUGGAACAACAACAAGAAGCUCAGUGACCUGGAGGAGGUGGCCAAGGAACGGGCCCAGAACCUCCUGCAGAGAGCCAACAAGCUGCGGAUGGAGCAGGAGGAGGAGCUCAAGGACAUGAGCAAGAUUAUCCUCAAUGCUAAGUGCCAUGCCAUCCGGGAUGCCCAAAUCCUGGAGAAGCAGCAGAUCCAAAAAGAACUGGACACAGAGGAGAAGCGGUUGGAUCAGAUGAUGGAAGUGGAGCGGCAGAAAUCCAUUCAAAGGCAGGAGGAACUGGAGAGGAAGAGGAGGGAGGAAAGAAUUAGAGGAAGGCGGCAAAUUGUGGAACAGAUGGAAAAGAACCAGGAGGAGCGAUCGCUCCUUGCUGAGCAGCGGGAGCAGGAGAAGGAGCAGAUGCUGGAAUAUAUGGAACAGCUCCAAGAGGAAGAUCUAAAGGACAUGGAACGAAGGCAGCAACAAAAACUGAAGAUGCAAGCUGAGAUUAAGCGCAUCAAUGAUGAAAACCAGAAACAGAAAGCAGAACUGCUGGCUCAGGAGAAGCUGGCAGACCAGAUGGUGAUGGAGUUUACCAAGAAGAAGAUGGCUCGAGAAGCAGAGUUUGAGGCUGAGCAGGAGAGAAUCCGGAGGGAGAAAGAGAAGGAGAUCGCACGCUUGAGGGUCAUGCAGGAGAAGGCGCAGGAUUACCAGGCAGAACAGGAUGCCUUGCGGGCCAAGCGCAACCAGGAGGUUGCAGACAGAGAGUGGCGCAGAAAGGAAAAGGAAAAUGCGCAGAAGAAGAUGGAAACAGAGGCUGAGCUGCGAAAAAGUCGGCUCGAACAGGUGGCUUUCAAGGAGCACGCUCUGGCUGUUCAGGUGCAACGGGACCGGGAUGAGUUCGAGAGGAUUCUUCGGGCUCAGAGAGAACAGAUUGAGAAGGAGCGGCUGGAGGAGGAGAAAAAGGCCACAGGGCGCUUACAGCAUGCCAAUGAGCUCCGGCGCCAGGUGCGCGAGAACCAGCAGAAGGAAGUGCAGAACCGGAUUGCCACCUUUGAGGAGGGCCGGCGCCUCAAAGAGGAGGCCCAGAAACGCCGUGAGCGCAUCGAUGAGAUCAAGAGGAAAAAGCUUGAAGAGCUGAGAGCCACUGGCCUUCCCGAGAAGUACUGCAUUGAAGCUGAGCGCAAAGCUAACAUCCUGCCAGCUACCUCUGUGAACUGAGGGGAGCCUUCGUGGCCCUCAGGAUGCCUUCGGGGGACAGAUUCUGCCCAGUCUCUGGGUGUCCAUAAUUGCUGCUAACCUAGACAUUUCAUAGUUACAGAUUAAAUCUACUUGACUUUAA